AUGCCGCGCCUUGUACGCAGACGCCCUCUCCGUGAGCGCAUACUCACCUACUUGAAUCCAUAUGACUUCUUGCUCUGGCUUUCCGAGGAGUUUGAAGGGGGCGACUGGGACCAGCUGGAAGAGAACUGGUCAUUACCGAUUGGAUUCGGGCUCAAUUUGGUGUUUUUGAUCGCACGCGCGAAUAGCAGGUCUGGCAGCAGCGCGGCCUUCGACGAUGUUUUUGGCGACGACGACGGUACUUCCAUUCGUGGUUGGUUGGCCUCGUUUUUGGUUCAUUUUAUGGCCUUCGCGUCCAUCGUCAAUGCGAUCUAUACCUUUACCAAGAAGCGACACUAUCGCUUGUUCGAGAACUCGAUCGACAACAACCCGGCAACACCCUCUGCGCAACGUGUCCGUGUUGACUCGAGCCCUAUGAUGCCCUCUCCGCUGCGAUACAUCGCCAAAGCCCUCUCCACGGAGUCGGCUCGCUCGAGAGCGCAUCCCGAUGCGCAGCGCGACGUAUGGGAACUUGCGAUUUGGGACCCCUCACCACUAUGCCUCCGUCUGUUCUGCUUGUUCAGCCCUGGACACGUUCUGGUAUACUGGCUCUUCCUGCCAACUCAGCUAUCCGACCCACGCCCGAGUGUGACGAUUGUGACGACCAUCGUUUUGACCGCUCUACUAUCCGUUCAAAUGUCGUUCAUUUCUUCGUCAUACAAACAACAAGCCAAGGAUCAGAAAGUGGUGCACAAGGAGGUUUUCAAGGAGUAUGACACCAAAUACGUGCAGCCACGGACACACCCAUUGAUGAGAGAUGUCGGAACACAAUUCUCGGACUCUCACGUUGAACACCCUAAGAGUGAAGAUGAUCUCAACAGAGUUGAGACUUACACGCCGACUGUAAUCAUCAACCGCGGCUUCAAGACUAGCCCGAAUCCGAAUUAUUUGAAGCAUGUGGACCCGGAAGGAUUUACCCCAGUCCGCCAAACGACCACAUCCACUCCAGUCUCAUCCAUCUUCCAGGGUCCGCCAACAAUUUCCCGAGAUGGAUCGCCAUUGGCUCGGGGCAACAGCCGGACAACAAUGCGCCAGCCACAGUUCCGAUCUACUGGAACAACCCCAGGCGAUGGAGGCAGCCUUGGCAUUUACAGCCACGCCAAUUCUCCCCUGAAGAAAUCAGCCACAACAUCUUUCGAUCGCCGACUGCAACACAACGGAGACUUUGUUUACAAAGAGCGAGGCACGACCCCUCUGAUGAGAAGCUCCAGCCCGCUCAAGAAAAGUAUUGUCCCGGGACCUAGCACUCCCAGCGGGCUGGCUCCCAUCAAUAGAUCAGAUACCCUCAAUUCUCGGAGAGAGUCAGGGCGGUUCUAA